GGUGUUGAAGAAAACUCACACUUCAUCAUCUUUUUCCCUUUCAUUCACUUCAAUGGAUCCACGUGCAACUUACAGCUGCAGAAACUGCCAAACUCCCAUUGCUUAUCGUGCUGAACUUCUUUCCAAAAGCUAUAUGGCAAAAACAGGGCGAGCAUUUCUGUUCUCUCAUGCAAGGAACAUUGUGUUUGGGCAAAAGCAAGAGAGAAAUAUGAUAACUGGUGUGUACACCAUUGCUGGCAUCUUCUGCAGCAACUGUGGUGAAGAAUUAGGUUGGAAAUACCUUCAAGCUUCUGAGGCAAGACAGAAGUUCAAGGAAGGCAAAUUUAUAAUUGAACGUUCAAAGAUUUCCAAAGAAUACUAGCUUCUAUGCUUAAUGCUACUUCUUUGGAUAAAUUCUUAAGCAAACACUUAAUGAGAUAUGUUUAAUACUGUUUU